AAUUUUUAAGGCGAUGGUUUUCACAUUAAAGAUGCGAUUUGCUUAACACCGAACAAGUAUUUGCACGUCUGCCUGCUUGUUCAUCAACAAAACACAGUCUGUUUUAACAACGUCGUAUUGAGUUAAUUUUGGACGAAACCGGAUGCAAUUCCACUCAGAAGAUUCUAGUUUCAGUUUCGAGAAUAUUUCUCUCGAAAAGCUGUUGACAAGUUCUUCCGAUCUAUAGGACUUUUCACUGUUAAUGUCGACCAUGCCUCUAUUUUGAUAAGCUCGAUUAGGCACUUCCUAACUUCUUUGAAUUCGUUUACAUUGUCUGUCAACAACCAUUUCAAUAACGUAUCCUUAAAUUGAUAAAAAAUUCUCACAGUGCUGUCUAUUUUUAGGAUUUGUGCUGACAGAAUUACGCGCUGUCUUAUUAUGACAAAUUUAUUGUAAGUUUACCAGUAUGCGUGAUAACUAUUAGAAAAUAGAAUUUUUCUUGAAGAUCUGGUCGUUAAUGAUGUUUACAUUGUUUUGUGUUCGCUCUUAGAUUCAUUUUAUUCACAAAUAAAUGAUUUUAUAUGUAGUAUUUAAUUUGAUUGGCAAAUCAGCGAACGAACAUGCUAAACCUUGUCGACCUCGAGUUAAAUUUUUAAUGACGUCAUAUCCUUCCGCAAUAAAUUUCAUGGUGAGUAUUUCCAGAAAAGGUCAGAUCGAAGAUAGCGAGUCUGCGAAUAUGUGGCAAGUUUUUCCACCAAAAGAUUCUGUACAGAAUUUUCCUGUGAAAUUUUCACGUCGAGCAACCAAGACAGAACAAGAACCAUACAAGGUUGAAUUUAGCGAGCAGGAACUUAGAGAGAGACUUACCCCACAACAGUACCGUGUGACACAGGAGAAAGGAACUGAAAGAGCAUUUACUGGUGAGCUUGUGAAUAACAAGAAAGCUGGUGUGUAUAGAUGUGUUGUGUGUGGCAAGGAGCUGUUUUUGUCUGACACCAAGUUUGAUUCAGGGUCUGGUUGGCCUUCAUUCUGGGACACACCUACAGAUGGGACAGUCAGAAAAAUUACAGAUACUUCACAUUUUAUGACAAGAACUGAAGUCACUUGUGCUGAUUGUGGUGCUCAUUUAGGACAUGUGUUUGAUGAUGGCCCAAGGCCAACAGGAAAGAGAUACUGCAGAAAUUCAGCUUCACUCAAAUUUGACCACCCCUUACUGAGUCCCAACCGCUUGUUUGUAUUGUCUUUCACCUGUACAGAACGGACUCUCAAAGGAACCACUCAAAUGAUAACAGUUUUUAACCCUUUAACUCCCAGAUCAAAUUUGUAAUUCCCCUUUCUAUCA